UCCAGUUGCAGAGUCUGGCCUGCCCAGCGGGAGGAGCGUUCGGAGGGGAAAACAGGCAGCUUGAAGUGAAUGGCAGUGAUUGGCAGCUGUGCCGACUGGGUCUAUCAGUUGAGCUGCACUACACUUGUGAGAGUGGUGAGAGACUGUCGAGGCUCCACUCAACAGAAUGGCCUUCAUCACCAGGACAAUGCUACUUGCUGGGGGGAUGCUGAGCCUCUUUGCGCUUUGUGUCUUCACACAAACACCCGAGCCGUCGUUCCUGGUGAUAUUUCCUGCCCACAUAACAUCAGAGUCUGAAGCCAAAGUCUGUGCCACUUUGCUGAGUCCCAACGAGACUCUGCUCAUGUCAGUCUAUCUGUCAGAUGGAGAGGAGAAGAAGCUUUUGCAGCAGGAGACAUCAGACAAGGAAUUUCACCGCUGUUUCCCUAUUCAGACCCCGUCUGUAAACAAGGACUCUGUGAGAGUGACCGUGACAGUGGGGCUGAAAGGUCAGACUAGUCUCUGGACGCAACAGAGACUUGUUAAAGUCCGCCAGAGACCUGCUCCCGUCUCUUUCAUCCAGACGCACAAGCCCAUGUAUAGCCCCGGCCAGACACUGAUUAAACAUGAGUCUAUUUCAACCAUUGAAUACAACAACAACAACAACAACAACAACAACAACAACAACAACAACAACAACAAACCAGACCAAGAAACAGAGAUUGCCUUUGUGCUGGAUGGCUCUGGUAGCAUUGAAGCCAGCGACUUUGAUCUGGCUAAAACUUUCAUCAGUGAUUUUGUAACUUACGUUUGGUCAAAGUCUUUGAGUUUCAAGUUUGCCGUUGUACAGUAUGGAAUGCGCAUCAGAACUGAAUUAUCAUUGCCGGAGAAGGACAACAAAGACAAUGUCUUAAAAACCAUUAAAAACAUACAACAGAUUGGGAGAACCACCGCCACAGCCUCAGCCAUCAACUAUGUAUUGGAACAUGUUUUCACCCCAGCAAAUGGAUCAGAUCAGAACGCCAAAAAAUACAUAGUUUUGAUAACUGACGGACGUAUAUUUCUGGACUCGUUGACUCUGGCAGAGGUUUUGCAAAACCCCAAAAUCACAAACAUCACCCGCUUUGCCAUUGGGGUGGGGGAAGAUGUUCUGAAUGAUACUAUUGCAGUUAAAGAGCUGAAGGAGAUUGCCUCAGACCCAGACGAGAAACACUUUUUUGAAGUCAAUAGUUAUAAGUCUUUGGGCAGCACUCUACAGUCAUUGCUGUCUGCUAUCUUCGGCCUUGAGGUUGAAAUACCUUAGAUGACGAACGAUCAAGGAACAGAGACUGCCAUGAGUCAGUUGGAUACUACAACCUUACCACCCACUGCCACAGAUGAAAAAAGGUGAAGAUGAGGAAUAGGAGUGGUGGUUCCAGGGCCUUUGCUUUCACCGUCACAGCUGAUCUGAUUCUCAGUCAUGACUGCCACAUAAAAAGUUUGAUUUGUCAUGAACAUGAAAAGAUUGUUUAUUAUUAGCUAUCACAACAGUGACAAAGGUGCUGACACUUAUAAUUAUGACUUGUGAUUAAUUUCCUGGAACAAACAAUACUGUGAAAAAAGCUAACCCCACUUCUCACUUGUAUACCUGCUCUGUAUAUUUCCUAAGUUCUUUGUAUCUGCAAGUGCUGUAUGUUAUGAUUUCAUCCUCGAUUGUGAGUCGCUUUGUAUAAAAGUGUCUUCCAAA